AGAGACCAUCACUUCCCUAUUACUGUCAGUGUCUCUGGAUGGACGGGAAGGAACGGUGAGCCCCAGCUCAGGGGCUCCGAGCCAGAGAGCAACUGAGGUCACCCUGCAGGGCUGUGACCCCUACUUCCUCACCCUCCUCUGCUAUUUCUCCAUCUCCGCUGUUCAGAAAGCAGGACAAAAAGAUGCUGGCCAUCAGAGAUGCAAGUGGAAGCCUUGCCUGUGUGUGACCUGCAUGUGUGAGUGUGUGUGAGACUGUGCGGGUGUCGAUGCUUAAGCGAGAUGUGCCUGUGUCUGAUCGUGGGCCAUGUGGGGUGAGUGUGUGGCCUGCGUCCUCACAGCCUCCCCAGCCCUUCCCGCUCUGCCGAGCUGAGCCAGCAACCUCCAGGAUCAACUUUGAAUCUGGACUCUACGCAGGAGCACCGGCAUGGCCACGGCCCCCUCUGUGACCAGCCUGGCGGAUGAGGUCAACUGCCCCAUCUGCCAAGGCACCCUCAGGGAGCCCGUCACCAUCGACUGUGGCCACAACUUCUGCCGCGGCUGCCUCACCCGCUACUGCGAGACCCCGGGCCCAGACCCCGAGGAGCCCCUCACCUGCCCGCUCUGCAAGGAGCCUUUCCGCCCGGGGUGCUUCCGGCCCAACUGGCAGCUGGCCAGCGUGGUGGAGAACAUCGAGCGCCUCAAGCUGGUGUCCACGCCGGGCCGGGAAGAGGAGGAUGUCUGCCAGGAGCACGGGGAGAAGAUCUACUUCUUCUGCGAGGAUGAUGAGGCUCAGUUGUGCGUGAUGUGCCGCGAGGCGCCGGAGCACAGGGCUCACACCGUGCGCUUUCUGGAGGAUGCGGCUGGUCCCUAUCGGGAACAAAUACAGAAGUGUCUUGAGUGUCUGGAGAAAGAGAGAGAGGAGAUUCGAGGAAUCCAGUCAAGAGAGAACCGCAGAAUACAAGUCCUCCUGACUCAGGUGGCCACCAAGAGACAAAAGGUGGUUUCUGAGUUUGCACAUCUGAGCCAGUUCCUGGAGGAACAACAGAGGAUCCUGUUAGCCCAGUUGGAGAGGCUGGAUGAGGACAUCCUGAAGCACCGGGAUGAGUUUGAUAUCCUGGCCACUGGGGAGAUCUGCCGGUUUAGCACUCUGAUUGCAGAACUGGAAGAGAAGAACGAGAGGCCAGCAAAGGAACUCCUGACGGAUAUCAGAAGCACUCUAAUAAGAUGUGAAACCAGAAAGUGCCGGAAACCAGAGGCUGUGUCCCCUGAACUGGGCCAGAGGAUUCGGGACUUCUCCCAGCAGGCCCUCCCGCUGCAGAGGGAGACGAAGAUGUUUCUGGAAAAACUCUGCUUUGAGUUGGACUAUGAGCCAGCUCACAUCACCCUGGACCCCCAGACAUCCCACCCCAAGCUCCUGUUGUCCGAGGACCACCAGCGGGUUCGGUUCUCCUACAAGUGGCAGAACUCGCCGGACAGCCCCCAGCGUUUUGACAGGGCCACCUGUGUCCUGGCCCACAGCGGCUUCACAGGGGGGCGGCACACGUGGGUGGUGAAUGUUGACUUGGCCCAUGGCGGCAGCUGCACGGUGGGUGUGAUGAGCGAGGACGCGCGGCGCAAGGGGGAGCUACGGCUGCGGCCGGAGGAGGGCGUGUGGGCCGUGAGGCUGGCUUGGGGUUUCAUCUCGGCUCUGGGCAACUUCCCCACCCGGCUGGUCCUGGAGAAGCAGCCCCGGCAGGUACGGGUGUCUCUGGACUAUGAGGUGGGCUGGGUUACCUUUGUCAACGCCACCACCCAGGAGCCCAUCUACACCUUCACUGCCUCCUUCAAUCAGAAGGUCUUCCCCUUCUUUGGGCUCUGGGGCCGAGGGUCCAGUUUCUCCCUUGGCUCCUGAGAUGGUGGUGUUAGCCCCUCUAAGUUCAGGGCUCAAACUAAGCGCCUGGUGACUUGACCUCUGGCUGUGCCCACUGGAAGACUUGGACGAGAGAUUACUGCUUUAGAUGAUGUGAUGGGGCCAAGACUUUGGAAAGAGACAUGGUGGGUCGACCCUCAAUCUGCUGAUCAAGCCCUUUCCCCAAAACCCAGUGGAUUGUCGGGGUAUCUGGGAACAUGGGCUGCCACCGGCCCUCCUCACCAUCAUCCCCACAAGCUACAGAAUAGCUUCUCAGCAUAGGGGAAAUCAUACUGAUUGGGAGCCAGAAGACCUGAGUUCCAGACCCAGCCUUAUCACCAAUCGAUUGUGUGAUCUUAAGCAAGGCACCUCACCUCUCUUCAUCUUGGUCUCUUUCCAAAAUACCGGGAUUAAUUUAUGCAUACCCUCGAGAAACACUUAUUCUGUGCCAACUGUGUACCGAGCAGUAUGGUAGCCAUUGAUGUUAUGAAGAGACAAAGAAUAAAAUCUGUCCUACCUCUGAAGGAUCUCAUGGGAAGAGACAGAAAAAAGAAGGAAAUUAGAGCACAGUGUGUUGGGUAUGUGAGAGGGGUCUGAUCUGGAACACUGGGUCAUCUCCAUUGCUCUCAGGAGAACAGAGCCCCAUUAUCUUCAGAUGUGCUGCCACCCGGCUGUUGGCACCACUUGCAGCCCCCCACUUCUGACUGAGAUGUAGCUGGAGGGCCUUGCGAGGAGGGGUGCAGGGGAGGCCUGGUCAUAAACCAUAACCCGAGGGCUGGUGUCCACUUAAUUUACCCCCCGCUUACCUCUGUAUAGGUCUACACACUUUUCCUGGGGAAAAACCUCCUGAUGUGUUGAUCACCAUCAGAAGCCAAGGAAAGACAUGGUGGAAAGGAAUGAAUCACAAAUAGCUCAGCCAUGGGAGCAGAAAUAGCACCAUCUGCACAUUUGUGCUGGGUUUAAAGUGUCCCGGGGGAGACAGGGCAGUGCAUUGGAUAACCUGUGACCUUCAGCUCAAAGAGUUGAGACUGCUCUGGAGCUGGACAGGAAGUGACAUCUAAGGGAUCGGUUGAAAGAAGGGGGGGAAUUAGGGGUUUGGAGAUGAGUGGAUCUGGAGUGGAGAGCUUGGGAGAGGCAGGCAGCCAGGUGGAAUUUGGGGAAAGUGGCUGUGGUCACAUGUGGCAUGAAGAAGCUGGGUGCUGGUGACUUCCAGAAAUCCUGCUGCCAGGUCUUGAUGGUGGGACAGGUUCAGACACUAACACAUGACUGCUUAGAAUUUGGAAAAUGACAUCAGUCACCCCAAGGUGGAUUUUAAAUCCUAUGCAUAAUAAAAGCAUUGUCUUAAUUGCAGUUGAAUGACCACAUUUGGUUUUUUAGUUCUUAUUGACAUUUUUAAAUUCUGCUUUAAUGAGACCUUCACUGACGAUUUUUUAACACUAUCUGUUUACUCUGCUCAGACAUAAACUAAAAUACUCUAUCAUCUCCUCACGGGUCUCCUGGGAGGAGUGAACCAGCCAGGGUGCAACCUCGAAAGGAGAGGGCACAGCCUGCUGAGGCCAAGGCUUAGAAUUCAUCUGAAAAGUUAUUGUUUAUGCUCAGUUCAACAGGUAGAAUUGCUUUCCCAGGGAGUGUUCAGUAUUUCAUGUGGAAUGUUGUAUAUUUCAAAAGAAUAGAUACACACACAACUUCCUAUCAAAUGAUAAAGCAUAUCCAAAGCCCCAAACUGGGAUUCCACCAAAAAGUGGAUUGUAUUUUCCUGUUCAUUUCAUUGGUUUUAACUGGGUCUUUAAGAAUGAUUAUUACUUCUAAGAUAAAUGUGUAUGAAGAUCCCAGGCUGCUGGAGGACUUUAGGGCCCACCACGAUCCAGGAGCUACCUGGUCCUUAUUUACGCAGAUCCAAAAACCUGAAUUCUUCUCCAUCACCAUCACCAUCAUCAUCAUCAUCACCACUAUCACCAUCAUUUAAUAGUUACCACAUUUUUUUGUGCUUAUUAAAUGCCUUAUGUUUUUUGAUCUCGGUAACUCAUGAUGUAGAUACCAUUAUUAUCCCCAUUUUAAAGUUGAGAAGCUGAGGCCUUGUGAGUCUGGGUUAUUUCUCAGUCAAGAUUAUAAACCAGGAUUUUAAUCCAUACGUGACUCAGAGCUCUUCACCAAGGGGCUGCACUGUCUUGUUCACAAAUGGGAGCCCAGGUGGGUCUGGUGAAUAUUUUUAAAUGGGUCACACUGCCCAUGAGUGACUUGGAUUCAGAAAGCUAAUUUAUAUUUUUUACACUGAGAAAUAAAACUAGUAAGUGACAGUACUCAUGUUGGCCUUGCAUACCUGCUCUCCCUAGGAUAAUUUUCCUUGAUGUCUACUUGCUCCUUGGAGUGUGUGGCUGGAGCGGAGGAAGUGGAUAGACCCUAAAACACAAUGACUUCAAGAGAAGGCAGCUCGAAGACCCUCCCUGCCCUGCCAGCCACACAGCCUGGACUGUGGGUUUUAUGGACGGCCCCAAAGCUCCAAUCUCCUUUCCCAAGACUCCCAAGGAGUGUUGUGUGCUUGUUCUAACAUCCAUAGUUUCACCUGACUUAAUCCACAGCUUAUACUGUAACAGCUCUUCCCAUUUCCAAGAACAGAGACCCUCUCCAGUUAGUUCAAAUAAUGGGA